AUGGCAGUGGAAGUCUCGAAGAGUUUUGAAGGCUAUCCGGCUGGAUAUUUGGCGGAUUGUCCAGGGUCCACGAAGCCAGCGACGAUAACGAAGAAGUCCCUCCGCAACCUCACCAUCCUCGUCAUCACGUCCAACAACAGCAUGACUCACAGGAAGUACAACUAUUUCCAGAUGGACAAACUGGCGAAAGACCCAUACCUGGACUGGUCGAAGAAAACGCUGAUGUUCGUUGGAGGUUUCAUGAGUAGUCCUUUCUUCCCGUAUUCCUCCAGCAUGGGAAGUGCUUAUAAGAAGUUGGGGUAUAAUGUGCUCAUGCUGGAUACCUUGGAGUACACCACUGUGGAGUAUCCUCUUGCGUCGAGAUUCGUCCGAGUGGUCGGCAAGCACACUGCUGAAAUGCUGGCUCAGUUGACCAAAAAAGGCUUGAACCCGAAAAAUUUCGAACUCAUGGGGAUGAGCUUAGGAGGCCAGACCAUAAGUUUCAUAGCCAAGAACUAUAGGAACCUCACAGGAACCGGCCUCGGAAAGCUCAUAGCGUUGGAGCCAGCUGGACCUUGCUUCAGGAACCUCGGACCUAAGGAGAGAUUGGACAAAUCUGACGCUGAUUUCGUACUCCAUGUGGCGACUAACAUCGAUGGGUACGGAAUGGCGACGCCGUUAGGGCAUGUGAACUUCUACGUCAACGGUGGUGAGCACCAACCCGGCGAAAUCAUCUGGUUCUUCUGCCCAGAGAUCUGCAGCCACUCUAGAUCUUUCGACAUCUGGCAAUCUGCUCUGAGGAAUCCAGACGAUUUCAUCGGCAUACAGUGCGAUACGGUCCAACAAGCGAGGAACAAAGAUUGCUUCGACCGCGUGCCCCGAGUGACGAAUCUUCUUGGACCAAAAACUGAUAGGAACUUGGAAGGAGUGUUUUAUGUGUCUACUACAAAUAGAGAACCAUACUGUAUGGGUAAGAGAGGACUGAAAAAGGAAAACGACUUCUUCUUAUCUUUAAGUGCAUCACUUAACGCUGACGAUAACUUGAAGCUUUAA